AUGGCGAAACGAAAGGCCUCGGAAAUUGACGCGAGUGAACCAGCCUUCGCGUCGCCGGAGGGGCUGGAGAACUAUCCAGCCAGGAAAGCGUACAGGCUUCUGGAGCCUGGCCCUGUCGUACUUGUCUCAACGUUGGACACGGUCGGCGAAAACAUCAAGCCCAACUUGAUGACCAUGGGAUUUCACAUGGUCAUCCAGCACGAAGAUCCCCCUCUGAUAGGUGUCAUCAUCGGCCCUUGGGAUCACAGCUACGCGGCACUGAAGAAGAACAAAGAGUGUGUGGUAGCCAUCCCGACCGUCGAGCUGGCGGAGAAAGUCGUGGACAUUGGGAACUGCUCUGGGGACGAGUCUGAGCUGGAUAAGUUCGCGCGGUUCGGGCUGACGCCGGUGAAGGCGGGCAAGGUCGGCGCGCCGCUCGUGAAAGAGUGCAUGGCAAAUCUGGAGUGUGUAGUGGAAGACACAAAGCUUGUGAGCAAGUAUAAUAUGUGGGUGUUGAAAGUGGUGAGAGGCUGGAUUAAUCCCGAUGCGAAGGAAGGGAAGACUAUGCAUCAUCGGGGAGACGGGACGUUUACGCUCGAUGGAGAGGUCAUUAAUCUGCAGGAGAGAAUGACGAAGUGGAAGGAAUAUCAAGACUAAUGGAGAUCAUUCGUGAGACGAAGGUCAAGAUCCCAUGCCAGUGCCUGACCUGCCGGACCCUCGAUGUAAUGUCCGAUUCGAACGUGGAGUAUUCUGCUGGUACAUUCUAGAGAUUUUCUC